AUGGUCGACGGUGAUCUCUGGGUUUCAUACAUGGAUAACGACCUCAAGGAAAGCCGCACCCAGCUUUACAAGCGCUACAAUAUGGGAGGCACCAUCGACUGGGCCGUGGACCUCGUCAAGUUUCACGAUCCGCCCAACUACGGCAUCGACCAUGAGGGCAUCGACCUUGGACUCAGUUGGGCCAUGGUCAAGCAGGGCAUCAAGAGCGGCAAGGUUGCCAACACGAUUGGUUGUGAAAAUUCGCGUGGACUUCGCACCGGCACAUGGGUUACAAAGCAGUGCACCAUACGACCGGUCACCAUCCCAUCGGCAUUCACCCCCACUGAAAGAUGGGAGGCCCUUGGGGCCCAGGAUGCCUGGACUGAAGCAGUCCGCGGUUGCGAUGAUCUGGCGGCUGCGACUAACUGCGAAAGCUCCAAGGAUUGUGUCACACACAACACCGCCGAUGAUGAGCCCGAGUUCCACACGGGAGCCGCGAGCUACGAAGUCUGGAACUCGAUAGCUUCGAUCCACCGGAGGAUCAAGAACUACUACAAUACCCUCAUCAAUGCCGUAAACGAUUUAAAAGGCGACCCUGAGAACUUCAUCGCCACUUUUGCCCCAAAAAGGGACGAUGGAACGGACCGUUUCAACCUCCUGUUGACGCUGAUUCCUAUUCCUAUUAACACAGCAGCAGCACGUUUGUUUGGAAGAGCCUUCAUGACAAAGGUUUUCUUCCAGAGUCCUGGCAAAGCAAAUGCAUGGGAGGCGGCAACUUCCAAUAUUGUGAACGCCGGUGCCUCGAUUGCCAACGACGCGCUGAGUAAGGCCUCGGACGACCGAGCUGAGGUAUCGUUCAACGCAAUCUACGACACAAUCAUCACAAGCUGGAAAUCGCAGACGAACCAGUUACUUAAGACGCUCUUCCUCGGAGAAGAAAACAACAUCAAGAUUCUUACUGAUCUCAUCUCGGAAGGCAAGAUGAUCAAGGGAGGACAGACCAGUAGAAAACGAGCAGAGGAAUACGACGGAUAUACAGCAAGCUGGAAUCAGGAGAAAAACAUCGAGCGGGCCUUCUAUGCUGCCGCCAUCCCCGCCGCCUGGACCGCCAACCGACCCGCGCCCGUUGUCGUCGAUUUUGGCAACAGCUGCGAGAUCGAUGCGCGCGAUUACUUCACUGAGGAGCCAAAGCAGUACAACGUCGGUUGGCGAUGUCCCAAUGGACACUCAUACAUCCUCGCGGGUGUACGAGACGGCCCGCAAGGCUCGUGCGGCCCGAACUAUCCAGGGGACGGCGGCGGCUGCAACCCGACCCACAAAUGGACUCUCGACAUACUGGGUGGCAUCGGCCAGCUUCAGGAUGGCAACCUGGACAAGUGGGGAGGCGUCACGGUGGACGACCUCAUUACUGGUGCGGUCAAUACGUUCGAGAAGAACGGCAGAAAGAACGUGAUGGAUGCUACAGUGGGGGCGCCGGACAUCAAAGACAAGUCCGUCGCCGACGAAUACAAAGGCUCAAGGAUGGAUAUUCGCAGGGGCGGCCUCAUCCGCAUCCCGGUCUGUAGUGCGGAGGAGGCGACCGCGAACCUCAACAAGGGCCGUCAGUACCACGGAGAUUCGCCCAACUAUCCCUGCAACCCAUGA